AGUAGCUGUGAGGCGCUGUGAGGUGCGGAUCAUGGCUGUGGUGUUUGUGCUUCUUUUCCCGCUGCUCUUCCUGUUUCCUCGCUCCGGAGCCAACAGGCACUCGGUCUACUGGAACAGCUCCAACUACCACCUGCGGCGGGACGGCUACACGGUGCAGGUGGAUGUGAACGAUUACCUGGAUAUCUAUUGCCCCCACUACAAUGAGUCGGUGGUGGAGCACAAGAUGGAGCAGUACAUCCUCUAUAUGGUGAGCUACGAGGGCUACCGGACCUGCAACAUCAGCCAGGGCUUCAAGCGCUGGGAGUGUAACCGCCCCCACGUCCCCCACAGUCCAAUCAAAUUCUCCGAGAAGUUCCAGCGGUACAGCGCCUUCUCCUUGGGCUACGAGUUCCACGCCGGCCACGAGUACUACUAUAUCUCGACACCGACGCACAAUCACAGGCGCUCCUGUCUGAAGAUGAAAGUGUUUGUGUGCUGCGCCAGCACCUCCCACUCCGGAGAGAAACAUUCCCCGACCCUGCCCCAGUUCACGAUAGGCCCAGAGGUCAACAUAGAGGAUUUAGAUAACUUCAACCCGGAGAUCCCAAAGUUGGAGAAGAGCGUCAGUGGGAGCAGUCCCAAAAGGAAGCACUUACACUUAACAGUUGCAGUUUGUCUCCUUAUAAUGACGCUCCUGGCUUCCUAGCUCUCUCUCCAUGGCACUGACGUUGGAAGCCUUGUUAGCAGAAUCCAAACCAAACAGGUUGGGACAGAGCUAGAGGCAGGGGUCUGGCAUUAGGCGACCCCCUCUCCCUUCUCUGUGUUUCUUCGCUUCCUUUGCAGAGACGUAAAGGAAACUGUGGACAUUGUGAAGGUCACGGGCUGGUGGCUGAGGACACGUCAGCUCCUGUGUGACCUUGUGCCAAGCAAUGUUGGUGGGGCCAGGAGACCGUUUCUCAGGAGCCCUACAGACAUUUAAACUUGUGCGCGGCCUCCAAGAACAACAUGGCUGCCCAAAUGUUCCGCCCUCUGUCGGUGGGCUCUGUAACUCGAGUGCCUACACCCCCUUGGCUCCUGCAAGGACAAUAAUACCCUCGGGAUAUGGCAGAGCCUUGGACUGGACCAUCACAUUUAUUGGCCUUAUCACCCCUGAGUACCCCCUGCCUCUCUCAUUCAUACAUACAGCUUGGAUGGCUCCUCCCACACUGAAACCUGUGAGACCCCUCCCACCCGGAACCAGCAGAGACCCAGCUUUAACCCAACACUGUCUGCUCUACUGGUGCCAUUUUGUACACUCUUUGUACUGAACUCAACAUUACAAGCUGUGGCCCCUCCUAUUUACCAAGAUCCCUACCCCCUCCCCUGGGAGACACAGAUCUGUUCAGCCCUCGUCUGAUUGGUCCGAGGCUUAUUCCUAGAGCAAUAGCCCAGUUAUACCCAUUGGAUUGGAUACAUUACCCAGAAGCCUCAGCCAAUGGAACGGGUCUAUAGACUGAACCAUGUGGAACUGGGCGACCAACUGUGCAAUGACCAUUCACCAUUAUGUGCCACGUGCAACGUGUGUUUCUUCUCUGCCCCACUGCAUUCUGGGAUACACGUGGCGCUUAAAGGGGCCAACAGCAAUGAAGACUCCUCCCCUGUUGCCCCAAAACCCUUACGCUGAAACUGGCGCCUCACUGCUGUGCUGCACCCUCCAUGAUACACGGUUGUGUCUGUGCCCCCCCCCGUGCUGCACUACUGGGGCCCCAUGUUUGCAUGUACUCAGCUCCUGCCAGUGGGAGUGUCACUCAGGCGAGUGGGGUUAUGGGCACAGCAGCACUCCCAUGCAAUACUGAUCAUGUGACACUGGAGGGGACGUGGGUUCUACUGGCGCCACCCACUUAGCUGGCCCAAAUGUUUUCCACCCUUAUAGGUUCCAUUGAAAAGUAAAAGCUCCGCCCUUUAAUAUUGGAGCCUGCCCCUUGGCCUGGUGGCAGGUGUUUGUAUCUGUCUAUAAAUAUAAAUAUAUAUAUAUAUAUUGGUAUAUAAGUCUAUAUAGGGCCCCGGCUGCACCCGUGUAUAGUGACUUGUAUAUAGACUGACAGUGGCUCCUCCUCUUCCUCAUGUCUUCCAUGAAGGCGCCUCCUCACUAUGCAAUGCACAGACACUUUCCAAUAAAGACCAGACAGACGUUUUUAUUCUG